UGCUGUGUCUGUGCAGUAUGCUGAGGUCAACCGAGACUUCGUAGUGCUCGUCUCUGCGGACGUCAGCCGUGACGUCAUCCGGCAGCUGGAGGAGGAGUGCGUGGUGGUGCUGCGCGUGGACCCCCGCGCGAGCGCCAAGGGGCAGCGCCUGCAGCGUAUGAGCGCGCGCUACGAGUCGGGCUACUGGCAGAUCAAGAUGCACAUCUGGAGGCUGGCACAGUACGAAAAGAUUGUCUACAUGGACGGGGACAUCUUCAUGCGGCAAAAUGCGGACGCCCUGUUCUGUGCACACAUCCCGAAAGGCGCCGUGUUUGCCGCCGUCCCCAAGAGUCCCAAGAACAAAACUGCGGGCUUCAAUGCGGGGACCUUCGUGCUCCGCCCCAGCCUCCAGGUGUUCGAUGAGGUACAGGCCCGAUUCGACGCCCUGACUGACGAGGAGAUGCUCGCGACUUGCGAACAGGACUUCGUCAACCUCGUUUUCCACGGCCGCUUCAGCUACCUGCCGGUGGACUCCGUUCUGAAGCACCGGCGGUGGGUCGCGCACCCGUCCGCGUGGAACGUGUCCCGCGUGUUGGGCUUCCACAUGAACGGCCCGCCCAAGCCCUGGGACCCGCAGUGGCUCACCCAGUGCGCGUACCCGCCGCCGCACGGGGAGAAGGUCAAGGAGUACACUCAGCUGUUCACCAACUGGUGGCGUCACUACUACGACAUGAUCGAGCAGCCGCUGCCGUCCGAUCAGCGGCGGAUGGCACUGCGCCCGGAGCACGACCCCGAUGCCACGUGGCAGCGUUGGGACGAGCGGCGCUUCAUCGCGAGCGGGUGCGGGUUCAACGCUUCUGUUGGGAAAGUGGAGGACGAUGCGACUGUGCGGUAGCCUGUCGGAAGACGGAGCAGCCGCUAUGUUGGGAAGGGAAGCUUGGGAAAUGACGCGUUUCCCGCAUGAGCGAAUGGUUAACAGAAAGCGUUUGCGUUGGAGUGUUCGAUUAGACAGGUCACUGGAUCACAGGAGUCGCCGAGAUCAAGAAUACUUGCUUAAGGUCAAUCUGCUAACUCAGGAUCGUGACUGCUGACGUGUAAGAUAUGACCGAUACGAUAGGCUAAUAAUCUAUCGGGAAGUACUAUACAGAGGUACAACGUGUCGCUAAUGCUUAACGAUAAGUUAUUUAAAGGUAGACGUACUGCAACAGGUGAACAAAUGCUUAUACGUUUGUAGUGAUUGGAUACGAAGAUGUGAGGUAUUUGCAAACUUGAGAUCUGCAUUUCAACGGAUCCGACAGGAGAAUCGAUA